AUGUGCUUUAUAAGUCCCGCCUCCUGCUCUGAGCUCGGACACGUUCAGACGAACACAGCAGAGCGCAGACACGCAGAGAUGGCAGAAGAAGUUCCAGCAGCGGCCCCGGUGAAAGCCCCGGCGAAAGCCCCGAAGAAGAAGGCGGCUCCCCGCCCCAAGAAGGAUGGCCCCACCCUCCCGAAGCUGAUCCUCAGCGCCGUGGCUGAGUCCAAGGAGCGCAAGGGGAUGUCGCUGGCGGCCAUCAAGAAGGUCCUGGCCGCCAAAGGCGUCGAUGUGACCAAGUCCAACAAGCGCAUCAACACCGCCGUGACCAAACUGGUGACCGGAGGAACCCUGAGCCAGACCAAAGGGAUCGGGGCGUCCGGCUCCUUCAAGCUCGCCAAGAAGGAGCCCAAAGCCGCCAAACCUGCCAAGAAGGUGGCGGAGAAGAAGAAGGCUCCCGUCAAAGCCAAGAAGCCCGCAGCCAAGAAAACCGCGGCCAAGAAGCCGGCAGCCAAGAAGCCAGCAGCCAAGAAAGCAGCAGCAGCGGCAGCCAAGAAGUCCCCGAAGAAGGCAGCGGUGAAGAAAGCCGUCAAGAAGCCGGCAGCGAAGAAGACUCCCAAGAAGACCCCCGUCAAAAAGGCCAAGCCCGCUGCCAAGAAGCCCGCUGCCAAGAAAGCUCCCGUAAAGAAAGCCGCAGCCAAGAAGUCCAAGAAGUGAAGCGGCUCCGGCUCAUCCAGCACUCAGUGCACCAAAGGUUCUUUUAAGAGCCACCACAGCUUCCACUAAAGAGCUGCUCCUGCAUCAUGUCCGUCUUCAGCUGCCAUGUUCCACCAUGAUUAUGGUGGACACAAA